AUGGCGGUCUCGCCUCUAGCUCCUCAGUCGUUCCAAAGCCGAGCCAGCGAGGAAGUUGCUGAUCGUGAGAUUACGGAACAGAUGAAUGAUGAGGUCAGGCACAAGUACAUAAAAGCGAAGAAACUAGGAGAAGGUACAUACGCUGUAGUUUAUCUCGGGCACAUCCGGACGGAUCCCACAUCAUUUGUGGCUAUAAAAAAAAUCAAAGUCAACACGGAGUACAGAGAUGGACUUUCCAUGGACGCAAUUCGCGAAGUUAAAUAUCUCCAGGAACUCUCCCACCCCAAUGUCAUCGCGCUCCAUGACGUAUUCUCGUCAAAGGACCAAAAUCUCAACCUUGUUUUAGAAUACCUACCACGCGGUGAUUUGGAGAUGCUCAUCAAAGACAGCGAUAUACAUUAUGGCGCUGCUGAUGUGAAAGCAUGGAUGGGGAUGUUGACCAGGGGGAUCUGGUUUUGUCACGAGAACUUUGUCUUGCAUCGAGAUAUCAAGCCGAACAAUUUGCUUAUCGCCUCGGAUGGGGAAGUCAAGUUGGCGGAUUUCGGUCUGGCAAGGUCAUUUGCGGACCCUUAUUCGAACAUGACGCACCAAGUCAUUACACGAUGGUACCGGCCGCCUGAACUUCUCUAUGGUGCUCGGCAAUACUCUGGCGCUGUAGAUAUAUGGUCUGUGGGGAUGGUAUUCGCUGAACUCCUUCUACGAGUGCCGUUUGUCGCCGGGAACUCUGAUCUUGAUCAAAUUACUAAAAUCUGCGAAGCUUUUGGCACGCCAACCGAAGAGAACUGGCCUGGCGUGUCAAAGCUACCGAAUUUUAUCCCUGCGGAUAAUAAUCAUACCGUGCCAACGCAAGGCCGAGAGUUCUUCCUCAGGCAAUUCCCGACAGCUGGUUCUGUCGGCGCAGAUUUACUCAUGUCUAUGUGUUCCUUGGAUCCAAGGAAGAGAAGCACUGCAUACCAAGCCCUUCAGCACAGCUGGUGGACCGCAGAACCCAGGCCAACGAAUAAGGAAUACCUUCCACGAAAAUCUGGUGGCACAAGGAAAAUGGGAGACGACUUGACGAGGCGCGGCGGGGAGCUCGAUGAUCAGUUCAAGAAUGCUGCUCGGCAAUUGGAUUUCGGCUCCAUGAAGGGGUAG